AUGUUUUUCACAGAAGUCCGAUCUUUACAGACAUCAGAGAUCUCACACAAGGGAGAAGCUACUUCCUGUCCUGAGUGCGGAAGUCCUCUGAAGUCUGAAGUCCUGUCUUCCUGUACAUCAGGGGUCCCACACAACCCUGGAGGUGUAUUAGUGCCUUGA